GAACUAGGCUUGCUCUGAUAUUCAUGCUGCUUGGAUUGUUCAGUAUCUCUGACAAUUAACUUCUGAUGGUCAAAAUACAUAGGUGUUGAGUUCAGGCCAGGUACAGACUUCAAGCACAUGUGCUACGUGCUUACCCUUCUGCUUUUUUUUUUUUCUACAGUUUAUUGAAACUAGAUGCCUACAUACUGAUCUGAGAAGAAUGAGGAGGAUAUUAUUGUUUCAGCCACAAAUCAAAGUCAGGUGCAUGCCACUGUGUGUGUGUGUAAUAUAUAUAUAUCUAUAUAUAUCUCUCUAUAUAUAGAGAGAGAUAUAUAUAGAUAUAUAUAUAUAUAAUUUUUUUUUUUUUCAGGCAAACUUAUCUCAGGAGCUCUGUACUGGAGCAGAGAAUUACUUGGGGAGGCCUUGAUUGCAGGCUGACAAUGGCGAAGGUUGUUUUUCAUAGUUGUGCUGCUUGCUUUUCCCUCAGUGUAGCUGGAUCUAGAGGGAAGAGUUAAUGGAACUGUGGCAGGAGGUUAUUGCAAAGCCAACCUGUAGUGAGAGAGGAUGCGGGAAAGAAGUGAUCAAGCAGAGUGACUGAGCUGUCCCUGGAUACUCUCUACUGGUAAAAUCCUCAUGUUGUUACUCUCACCAGGAAGCUUUGUUUAGAUGCAUUACCUUUCAUCAUACUGCUGGUGAUGCGAGAAUGCAUUUGAUGUAAUUAUCUGGUAUGUUAGGUUAUGGUUUACAUGGUGGCUUUGAGGUGUCUCAAUAUACCUUUUCCCUAAGCUUCUGUACCACAGCUAUUGCAGUACUGUUGAUAUUAACUUGACAGUUAAAGAGCUCCUGGUUUAUGUCUGCAGCAAAUGUCCAGCAAUUUAGGAAGCUUCAUGAGGAAAAGAUCCUAACUGUCAGCUUUAAAAACAAAGAUGCAUGGAAAGAGAGUAUUACUGUUAAAGGAAGUAAUAUGAAACUUAUGUGAGGUAGAAUGACUGUUAAUUUGUUACUGAAAAAGGCUGUAUGAGUUGAUAAUCCCUCACCACUCUCAGCUUUAGAGUCAGAUGAUCUUGUACCUACGUCUGAUAUAACUUUUUUUUUUUUAUUUAGCCUGGUAUAAUAAUUUAUAGCUGCUAGAAAUAGAAUACUGAAAAGACUUAGGCAAAUGACACUCUUAAAUUUCUUGGACCUUUGUUCCCUGUGAUGGGAGGUGGAUGGGAAGGACAUUUGUGGCUAUUUAACAAACUGAGAGAAGUGGCUAUGCCAGAGGGCAAGUGAUGGCUUUAUCCCCCCCCAAGUUAAAUAUGUAAGUAAAACCCUAAGCUUGCUUAUGAGUGAAGUAUUCAUUAGUGACAUAGUGUCUACUGAUGGAAUUGGCCUAAACUGCCUUACUAUCAGAAGAUUCCCUUAGACUAGUAUGUAUUAACAUUAUUUGUGUCUUCAUUGUCUUGCUUUUUAAUUAUGCCAAAUGUUAAAGCAUUAGGUCUUUUCAAAUCUUGAGAGAAACAUUUGUUUUCCUUACCUAUUAAGCAAAUUACUUUUCAUUAUACGUAAGUUACAAGAACAACCUCGAAGUGUUGCAUCACAGGUUGAUGCGGUGGCAUACACACUGGACAUUCCAGAGCAACACACUCUGCUGCUUGGGAAUUUAUAAAAGAGACAUUAGCUUUGGAAACUACCCUCCCUCCCUUCCUAGCCUCAUGGGCUAAUGCACCCUUAUUUUGUCUGCCAGAAGCCCAAAAACAUAUUCUGAAGAGAAAAUUAAGGAGAAGGUAACAUAAAGCAGCAGCAUCAUUUGCUUGGGUAGGCUAAUGGGGAUCAAAAAGGGCAAAAUGGUUGCAUCUAGUCAAAGGAUGGCUUUCAGUGUUCCAAGGUGAGGCAACACAGCUGACUCUGAAAUCAGUUUAUCCUUAAUACACAGUGUGCAUCUGAAAGGUUUGGCAGGAGAGUCACCCACUGGCCUCUGCUGGCAUAAACCAGUUUGUUCUCACGGCUUUUUCCUAGUGCAGCCCUUGUAUGGCUAAUGGCAUAAGCUACCGUGGAGAUUUUGGAAACGCUGCCUGCUGUCCUUUCAUGUUGUUUGCCUCGUAACUAAAACAAAGCUAAUAAAAAGGUACGGCUUUCUCUGUCAAGUAUAGGCUGGCUGGUCUCUGGGGUCCUAAACAUCAGCACCUACGUAAUGCUGGGCUGUGCCAUGGGUCUGUGUGGUGCUCCAAAUGUCAAGAGGGGACAGCAUCACACUUUCAUGUUCGGGUCUCACCCUUCUUCCAAACAAUAAGCCUGGGGCUCCUAGCUGAGUGUCAAAAAAUCCAACAGACCCUUUGGGGUGAAGGUGGCAAACAGGAAAGGAAUUAUAUGUUUGAACCCAAAAAUGUAAUGAUCCGUGCUAGUGGUAGGAGUCCUGAAACUGGGAGGUGAGGGGGGAAUUUGGAAUCCUGUUGUGAUAGAUAUUUGUAAGAAGUUGUGGAUAUUGAGUUUGUAUGAAAACAUCUAGAACACAGCUACAGUUAUAUUAAACAAGAUCUGCUUGCUGCUGUUUGGUACAUACUUUCUUCCAGCUAGAGUUGAUCAGCAGUGGUUGCAAGGAUGGUAGCCAGUUCUGUUAUGUGAAAAAAAUACAUCAGAAGUCAUGGUAUGGUCAGGGUGGGGUAAGAAGGCAUUGCAUCUCUUUUAUUAAUAGUACUUUAAUAGUAUUUGUGCUUAUUGCUUUAACUAGAAAAAAAAAAGUUGAACUGUAGAUUCUGCUGCGUUGAGCCCUACUUAUACAAUCUUUCCCUGGAGUAUGUCUGCAGGUAAAACUUAUAGCUACUCCUGAAAAUGGAAACAAAACGUUUUAAAAAAUUAUAGAUUUGUGUUUGGGGUCAAGUUAGCUUUAUAUCCCAGCCUAUCUGUUAAUAUCAUUGCAGGCAAGGAGAAUGAAAUUGUGUGCUAGGUCGUGUCAAGAGGUGUAAGCAACAGGAACCUCUGGCAAGCAUCCUCAUUUUCUUUUAAUCAUGUACAAAAUAACAAAGCAAUCCUACCAGCACUCCCUUUGGCCUUGCUUUCCCUCCUUUUAGCUUGAAUGUCCAUGUGAAAAUGGUAUGUUUGUGAAUUGCUACAUAAACUGGGCAUACACACACAAUUGACUGCCACCAGGGCUGAGGGCGAGAGGGCUGCCACAAACAUAAAAAUUUGUAUUGUUCAUGGUUUCAGAAAAUUAGCAGUUAUGUCUCCUCUCUGAAUAUCCAAACGAACUCCUAUUUGAAAAUAGAACUACUGGAAAGACUAUGCUGAAAAUCUAAACAUUUUUGGACUUCAGAGGUAUUUAGAUAUUUUAUACUUUAUUAUAUAGCUGAAGUAAAACAAGUUGUUCAGUUGGUGUCAACCAUUUUGUUUAAUACCUUGAAGUUUCACCAUCUUUAGAUGUGCUCUAAAGUUCCAGAUCUAGAGGCUUAGCUAUGUUAUUACUCAAAUGUGAAUGAGCAUAGGCACUCUUUAUCUUACGUGAUUCUCUUCUUGUAUAGCUUAUUAGCAGAAUUUAGCAGUAGGAAAGAUCCUAUUUCUUAGUGCUUUUGUGGUAUGGGUUUUUUGUUGUUUGGUGUAUGGGGGGUGGUUUUGGUUUUGGGUAUUUCUUUUUGAGGCUGGUUGUAAUGUGAAUACAAGUGAUAACAGUGAAUCAUCAGGAAAAAAACCCUUUGGAAAUAAGCCAGAGUCAAAUUCUUUUCUCAUGCUCUGUUCAAUCUGCUUCCUCUUUAAAAGAAAACUUUCACAUUAGCAGAAAAAUAAAUGCUUAGCCAGAGUUCUUUUUGUGUCCCUUUCAGCAGGGAGAAGGGGAUGAGUGUGCCGAGCUCAAUGCCCAUGCUGGCUUCCUCCUGCCGUGGAGAGUUAACACUCUAAAAGCUUUUUCUUCCCCCUUUAUUUCUGUUUCCAUUUAAUUCUUACUAAAAAGUUCCAGUGUUACAAUUUUGGUGUUGGAAACUAAGCACAAAGUUUUGUUGUGAGGAACUGAACUCCUUUGAUACAAUCCCAAUUUUCUCUGGGAGAAGUAACUUCUAGUUUUUAAAUGGUUACUGUGUGGCUAGAAAACAGCAUCUGCACUACAAAGCUCUGAAGAGGACCCCCAGUAAAGAAAAAUAUACUAGUCUCUGUGGUAUUUAUUUACAGCAUACAAAUACAGCAUUCUGUCAAAGCCUUCUGGUAUGAUCUUAAACAAGUCACUUUUUCUGCACCUGUGAGACCAAAACCCCAUUUGCCCACACAGCUAAAGCCUGCAUUAGAAAAAAACUAACAAGUGAAUGUUCUUAACAUGAUUACAAUUAAUAUUCAUCAAGACAUGCAGACUUACCCACAGCAAGGAAUAUUAUUUUUGUGCCUGUGUGUAGCUUUGAAGCACAGACUGGAGAUACACACUCUUUCUCCUUGAAAGCAGUUUCUUAGACAUAGUCGCUAUCCAAGUAUAUUAUGGAUUAUAGCUGAAACAAGGGAGUUAAGAGUACUGCAAUGUUAGGUACCACUUUCUUUCUUCCUACCUGUUUUUCCAGUUUCCUAAAGCUCAUGUCUAGCAUCUGAAUUUUUUUUUGUUUUUUUUUUCUGUUCUGAGGAAAAGUUAUGGGUGAGAUGAACAGUUUGGCUGAUACCAGGCUUAGUUAACUUGCUAAUUAAGGCUGACUGCUGAAAUCUAGCUUCUGUUUUUUCCUGUAUAGAUAUCACAUUAUACUUUUAGCAUGUUGGUAUCCACAAAGAGAUGUGAUUUCUGACAGAUCUUAGGGUUCCAGCCUUGCUGGAGCACCCCUGCUCCUCCUGGUGCACUAUGGCUUGCUGCACAAUAUGCAGAAGACAUGGAUUUUCUAAAAAGGAUUUUCAGAAGUCCCUAUGAUAAAUGGCUUUGCUUGUGCAAAACACUCAACUCUUCCCCACACUGCCUCAAUUUCUGAACAGUGUUUUCUUGGUGUUUGUCUGGCACUUAAAGCAUGUUGACCUUAUCCCUCAGAAAAUAAAGACAUUGGAGUAGAUUAAAUUGAAGACUUGCUUAAACAAAGCAAAAACACCCAAACAUCGGACAGGCCAGCAGUGCUGUUUGUUAACGUAGAUAAAUUUACUUAAUUAUUUAAGUAGUGCUUAAGCUAUGGAAUUGUAUCUAUCUAAUGUGGUACCAUGUAGAUGGAGAUGCAGAAAACAUUUUUAGAUGGCAGAAAUUUCAAGGGUUUUCUCCCAAUGCUGAACUCCCCUCAUGUGUAUCUUAAGACAUUGCCAAUGCAUGCCUUUUGUUACAGCUCAAAGAGGUUUGUAUGCUAAACUCUGCAAUUGCUGAAAAAGGUAUAGAUGGUGCUGGAAAGUAAAUAUAAUUUGCAGCCACAGUUUGAACUAUAGGUUCCCAUUCAGCAUAUUACAUAUUCCUGUUUGUCUUAAACCUGUUAGAAGAAUGUUGAAUCUGAUUGAUUUACCUAAAAACAAAUGAAACAUAAGGCAUUGUUGUUUGCUCAUGUCUUAGUUCUCUGAGAUAAAAUGCUUUACUGUAUCCUGCUAAUACAUUCUGAAUUCUUUGGUAUCACUGACCUACAAAUCAGAGACACUGGAUUAAAAUGGGCUGCUUUCUUGAGAGCUAGGAGAGACACUCACAUUGGAGCACUCCUCCUUGACUUCUAGAUAAAUCCUUUAUCUUUGCUAAUGUAUAUUAUUUUAAUUUUUGCAACAGAACCCAAAUUUCUGGUUUCCCAUCUGCUCCAUGGCAACUGACCCUUCUAAGGGCUGGCUAUUUAUACUUACUAGCCAAGGACAGGAAUACAGUAAAUUCUUUACAAAAUAAAAAUCAAUACUCACUGACAUACUGCGUAUUGAAGAAAAUAAUUGUUUAUGGCACUCAGCUUAAGCUGUUCUAGUAAUCACGUUGAAAAAUACAAUAUUUAUUCAUUAGAUCAAAUUUAAUGAGGCCUCCUGGCAGUAAUUAUAAAAAUUACUGUAGCAGUAAAUUACUAAUGAGUUGUGAUGUGCUUCCUACCUGUGAGGAAGGACUGGGGGUUGAAAAACCUGAUAUCCAGACAACACUAGGGAGGGUGAGAUCUUGAGGCUAGGAGUCAAGCUCACAGCGGCGCGGAAGUUGUUCACUGCACCUGAAUGGUAAAAAAAGGAAAAAAUAUAGCAGUGAGACUCAUAAUCGGCAGUUUCACUUUAAAUAGAGAGUAACUAUAGGCGAGGGAACAAUGUUAUCAAUGGGAGGAAGAGACUUCUUUGCCAUAUGUACAUCAUCGUGUCUACAAAAGCAGCUGAGGUGACCUAAUUUACUGUAGUAGAACUUAGGCUGGAACAACUUCUUGCUUUCUAGUUUUUAUAAAGUUUCAUGCAAAACACAGCAAAGAGGACAAUGUUUUCUCAGUGCCCUUAAAUCUUCAGAGCAGUCACCUAAGACAAAGGUUGAAAUCCCCCACCAGCUUGCUUUGAUGCUGGGAGUUUGGCCCAGGUUUCUUUCUUCUUUUGAGAAAAAGCUUUAAGGAAUGCAGAGGCUUUUGGUAGCAAAUGGUACACAGUAUGAAUAACACUGAGGCACAAAAGUGUAAAAAUGGUGCCAUUUCUACCGAAAGUCCAGGUUUCUGCUGAGUACAGGGCGUUGCUGCAGCAGCAGAGCCUGGCUAGAGAGAGGGAUGCUGCUGCAUGCUAAAAUUAAUGCACAAGUGAAUUGGCAUAUAAUUAGGCUUCUCUCUGUAGCUUGCAAAGGUGCCAUAGAUUUGACAGGUGGCCUUUGGCAUUGUAAAACAGUGAAUAGAUGAGCUUUUAGCAAAUAUUUGCUGCUGGGUUCAAACACCUACCCAAAAUCAAUCAGAAAAAGGCUGUGAAUUUUAAUCUUUCACAGCACAGAACUGCUCUUAAAUACGCUGUUAAGGCUUGAAAAGGAAUGGGGAAGUCCAGCACAAUUUAUCUUCUCAUUAUGCUGGUGUGUUGCACUGUAAGGUACCACUAGGCAUGGAUACUUCCACAUGCUCAUGUAUGUCAUGAAGUCAAAGGGGAGAGAAAUGUGUCCAUCCACCCUUGAGUCAUUUUCCAAACCCCUUGAAAGAAGCAGAAAUGUAGAUCCCUUGCACAUGAUCUCCCGUGCAGCAAUGCUGCCUUUUGUGGAGCUAUGGGUUCCUUCAGCUGAGACCCCUAAGAGUCAAGCAUUGCACUACUGAGCCCAAGAUCCACUGUGGCUUCAGCAUCACAUCUAAAUAAACAUAUACACCAAGAAAUGUAUACAACUGGGUCUUACAAAACCUUGGGUGAGCUAAUGAGCAACAAGCCAGCAUGCAGCAUGAUUAUUUUGUAGUUUCCAUAAUUUCAAGAAAAAGGCUGCAUGUUUUUUAACCCCUCUAAGAAAGCAGUGGUUUGCAGUGAUUUAGCUAAUUUAUAUUACCUAGCUUCUUGUUAUUGAAAUCAGGCAAGAAGAGCUUUUGCUAUGAUGCCAUUACAAAAAGACAUCUGUCUGCUAACCAGAAAUUAACCUUGUCUGACUUCAUUGCCACAAAAUCUACAGAGUCUACUCUGUCCGUGCUGUUAUGUCACCAUGACAGAGCUAAUACAGUUACACUGCUGAGAGAAACCAUCAGUUUUUCUCUGUAAACAUGGUAUCUCGGCUGCUCAAAUGCUGGGUUCUUUUCCUAGUGCUGCUAUGUGUUUCCUCAAUGACCUUAGGAAAUCCAGGCUCUCUGUGUUUCCCUUUUUAAAGCAUAGAAAUCCUCUUCAGGCUUUCCCUUGCAAUCUGGUCCUGUCUGGAAGAGAAAAUAAAGUGUGGGGUUUUUUUUAUUACUAUCUAAACUGAAUUUGGCGAUGGACAGAUGUUCACUUUGCAUACAGCUGUGCUGGCUGAAGAUGCGUUUUUCUGUUUUUCUGGAGCUGUUGUGAGGAUAAAUUAACAGUGAUAGAAAAUUCUGUGGUCUUCAGAUAGAAAACACUUUAGCUUUAGGAGUUAUUGUGGGUUGGAUUUUCAGAACUGCUGUCAGCCAUAGCUGAAAUCAGUGGAAGCCAUGGGCUGAAAAACCUGGAGCCCUCAACUACGAUAGUUUACAUGGAUGUAGAAGCAGUUCAUGGCUGGCACAGGAAUUUAGAUUAAUCUACAUUAAAAGCUCUCAGGUAACUACAAAAGGUAGAUGGUGGAAUGAUCAACCUUUUGUUGCUUGGGCUUGGUGUUGUUUGGUUUCUUUGUUUUUUGUUUGUUGUUGUUGGUUGUUUGUGUUGUUGUUUCAUUUUGUUUUGUUUUUUCUCUCUCCAGGUCUGAGGACUUGUGCCCAGAAGACUACAAGCUCUCACCACAGGCUGGCUAUUGUCUUAUGAUGUAAAAUAGGUUUUCAGUUACUAUUGUGAAGUUUUAUGGAAUCUCACAGUGGCAAAAUAGGAGCAAUUUACCUAAUGUUUCUUGUUCUACACCUAUGAAAUUAAUUUAAUGUGUGUGAAGGGGGGGGAUACUGUGGAACUAAACCUAAAAACUAAAUAAUAAUGAUGAAGCUUUUAAGGGAGAAUGUCUUACAAUCUGACAUAAGUAGUAAGAUUGUUGCUGUGCACUAUUACUAUAAUUAAAUUACAUUAUGCUAUUGCAUUAAACUAAUCCGUCAGUAAUACUGUACUUAGCAGUAAGAUUUUGUCACAUAAACAUUAUGAGGCUUUAAAGUUCUGCAUUUUGUCUUGCAAAAUGCAGGGGAAAUACAGAAAUUGGAGCAGCAGAAUAUAACAUGAAAAGCUAUAGCAGUGGAAAAAGGCCAGCUGGUUCAACAUGCCAGUCCUUUUAAAGCAGGUAAGUUAAGAGUGUUAGAAUACAUUUACCCAAAGGGUGAAACAUGAGAUGUAUGCGAGGUGCCUGCUAUUACUUUGAAAAUAUUAGGUACAGAUCUAAAAAUUCUUUUUAAUAUUUUCCUGAACUGCAGAACGUGCAAGGCUGAAUUGGAAGCUGCUGAUAGUAAACUGUUAAGAAAAAACAUGCAAAUAAUAACUGAAAUGAAGCUGCAGUCUUUUCUCUGAACAGAGGCAGAAAAAGAGGCUACACAUCACUUAGUCUAUGAUCAGUGAAACAGAGCAGCUGAUCAGAGGAAUUCAGCCUUUAGAACAGUGUUAGCUUUAGCAGACACAGGAAUCAGAAUAUUUUUCAAACUGAAGACUUUACUCCCAUCUUAACAGAUCAAACCAUCGUUCAGACCAGCAGAUUCCAUCCUCUCUCAGUCUGAUGCUGCUUCUUCCUCCCCGCAGUGGGGGGCUCCUGGCAGCUGGGGACAGCCAGCCACUGCGGCGGAUGGCGGGGGCUCGCCGAAAAGUGGGCUGCUGCUGGCGGGGGCACCGCUGCCUGAGGAGGAGGAUGGGACCCACAGUUUGCUGCCGUGCACGAGACCCGGCUCAGCAGGCGGACGCAGGUGGUCACAGGCGGCCGAGUCACCUCCAGCCCUGCAGCUCUGCUGCUUCUCCGCGACUGGCUUCUGCUCCUGUCACCCCUGUCCUCCGAACGGACACCAUGGAACAAAUUGCAAAAUGUCUGUCUUUUGGACAUUCCAACUCCAUCACUUCUGCUUGUCCUUGCCAGGAGCCUUCAGUGUCUCUGUUCAGCAGGGGUUCAUUGAACCAGCUACGUUUUUCAAGAGGCAGACAGACAAUAGCAUCUAAAUUAUUUUCAAGAAAGCACUCAUAGCACUAAGCAUCCACUACUACUAAAUCUGUCUUAGAAGAGAAGGGUGGAGGAAGAAGAAAGGUCAACAAAUAUAUGAAGUUCUUUGUGUAAUGCUUCACUGACAUUUUCCAACUACCUCAGCUGGCUUUUAUUUUUUAAUUUUUUUUAUUUUUUUUUUUUUUAGAAUCCUGGUAAAAUGCAUUAAAGGAUUUAAGGUUAUCAUCUGUCUCUCUCUAACUUCUGACAUCUCUUUAUAACAAGAAAGAGUCACAGCCAACGGUAACAGGAGGGCAACACAAUGAAUCCUAGUAAGACAGGGAAGGGGGGAGGUUCAACUUUGCUGCCCCUUUGCCCCUAUUUCUUCCUCACAGAACAGAAGUGCCAUCUGUUCCCGGCCCUAACAUGCGUGUAUUUGAUUUCCAUUCAGUAAUAACUAACACAGGAAAAAGAUUAUCAAGUGAUGUAAAGCACUAUCAGCAUUAGCCAGUGUUCCCCACCCAGUGUUUUGUUUGCACCUCUGAAGAUCUGUAGAUGAAAUGGAUAUGGGCAAGUGCCUUAAUUGCCUGGAAUUAUUCUGUUCUCUGGUAGAGGACCAUAUGGUCAAGGUGUGGAAGGUGACCAGACUAAGGAUAUUUAGGUUCUUGGGUCAGAAAAAGAUUUAGGAAUAUCAGAUGAGAGGGUGGAAGUUCAGAUUCUCCAACCCGAAUUUAGUACACUAACCUCUGCUACUUGGUGCUGUAAUAAAUCAUCAUCAUAGUGCAAAAACAAGUCACAGUGUGUUGUGUGAGGCUAGACAGUCAGUAUUAAAGUCUGAGCCUGCUUCAAAAGAAUCUGUAAGAUGUUUUUUAGACUUCACAGUCAAAUUUGUCACAUUCAUAAGUAAAAAGCCCAGCAACAUCAAAACCAUCAAAUACCUUCCAGUCCAGCAAACCCAGUUUAAGAUCCAAAAAAAUAAUGUGAACGUGUUUUCUUCAUAACUGGCUGCAGCUGAUGAAGGCCACACGGAUGCCUCAGUUGUGCCCAGUUAUGCCUGAUGUAUUAUUGUUGUAAGCAGUGGGUGCAGCAGCAGAUGCCAGUGAAGGAAAGGCGCCUACAAGGUCCUGUUUGCAAAGCAAGGUAAUGACUAAACAGUAGGUGCAGUGGGAUUUCUCUGUCCCAGCCUUUCAGGCCUUUCAAUGCUCUUUCUUCUUGUAGUCUAUGCCUGAUUAUUUGAGCGGUCUCUCAUUUCUUCAUCUUCUCAUCUUUUCCCCUUUGCUGCUGUUGCUUGCCUACCUUGUUACUGAAAGCACUUCUAUGGGCAGGAGUUGGCCAUGGUGUCAGAUGCCAGCCCUCUUCCCAAGGGCUGGGAGAAGCAUGGCCAGAGCUAUUAUAAUAUAAAUAAACUUGUAAAAUGGUUCAAGAAGGCAAAGCCAAGAAGAUGGCUAGCAAGUAGCUUGUGCUUUAGACUAGCUUAUUUUGCACAAGUCAAAUAUUGCUUAAGCUGUAUCUGAAAUCUGAAGCUGAUCUGUCUGGCAAACCUCCUGAUGUCUACAUUGUCAAAAUAUGCGAGACAACAUUUCAUUUCUCCAAAUUUCCAUUAAUUUCAUUGCCUUAUUUUCUUUCUUUUCCUCCUACACCAGGAUGACAUUUUUGAAGCGUACAUCUAAGAGCAUAAUUUGAUCAAAUGAUCCAAGGGAACUCCCUAUAGACAUCCAUGAUUAUCUGUUCUAAAGGUUGGCAUGCCUGACAACGGCAAUUGGUUUAACCCCAGUUGGUUUUUAGAUAGUAAAUAGUGUUUUUUUCCAAGUCAGGACUGUAUUUUGUUUACACAGCUCAGUCGAAGCUGUAUCAAAAAAAAGGCAGAGUCCAGCCACAUGUGGUGGCAAGUGCUCUGUGCAUCCCAACCUUGACCAGAGCAGAAGGUGCAUGGCAUCUUGCUGGAGUCAGCCUGUUGUGCACAUCCUCAUGCGAGAUGCUUGUAGGUGACUUCCAGAUGACCUCAAGGAGAUUAGGCAGGAGUUCACUGGUUGGCUGAUUUAUGGUUUGGUACAGUAGAUACUCUCGGCUCUGAAAACAGCUGAAUCUGAAUUUCUUUGUCCUCGCUUUCCCAUCUCCAUUUGGGAUUUCACUUUCUGGAUCACAGCACAUGCACUGGAAGGCAAAGAAGCCUCUUUUAUUAGGUUAGUAUUUUCAUCCUACUCCUGACUCAUGUCUUUGCAGGCUUUGGGCUCCUCUGCUCUGUACCCAUUUAUCACUUUUUUCAAAAGGAAGAAGGAAACUCUUGGUAUGUGCGCAAAACUUAGAAGUGAUCUGUGCCGAAUAAGAGCAAGAACACAGCUGCACAAGACUCAGCAUACUUCUUACAGACAAAAUGCAGUGAAGGAAAAGAUGGCACUUUAAGCUAAAUCAGAGAUCAUUAUACAAUGCUCUUUCCAUUCAGAUUGUUCUAGGAGGAAUAUGUACAUGUGGCAGCAGCACUUGGGACGUGAAGAGCUACUUUGAAAGUAGAUACGGUUCCCAGUGUUGGAGAUGAGGAUGGAUAGUGGAGAGUGAGAAAAUGGGCUGUCCCUGCAGAGGUGCCCCAGCCACAGCAAUAGCAGUGAAAUCAUGCUGCUGUCCUUAACUAGAAGUCAGCCUGGACUGGCUGAGAGUGAACUCAGUUUGUAGGAAGCAGUUCAGACUGACAUGUGUUGCCCAAGGAGAAGGUUUCCAGGGGCCCAGCAGAGCCGGUUUGCAGCACAGACAGCUCAAGCUACAGCAAGAAGACUCAAGCAGAAGCACAUGAAUCCUGCCCAUGUUCCCUCCUAAUGUGGUGAAGCAGGAGAGCACGUCAGCGAGUCCUGAAAUUCCUGAGGCAAAGGACUGCUCUGUGAGCUGCAUGGCCACACGUACAGGUGUGCCAGGUGCUCGUGCUGGGUUUAUGCUGGAUCGGGGGAGCUCGUUGGGCGGUGAAAGCUUUUCCUUUUCAAAUAGACCAAUAUAAAUGGUCGUUGAGGGUGUAGCGCAGGCGGUCGGGCUCUUUGCACUCAGCCUCACGUUGUCAGAGGGCUUUGCCUGCUGCACUGCACUCUGAAGUGCAACAGUAAAAGCCUGUGACAGGAGGGAAAGAAAGGUGUAAGCCAGUGGCAGACUAGAUUAAAACAGCAGCACACAAACACACUGACCUCUUCCUAAGUGGUAACCUUGAGUGAGAGCUAAUUCACUGGAUUGAUUUUAUUCAGCUUGUCCAUGAGAAAACAGAGCACAGCAGCAUUGACUGCAACUGGCCAAAAGAGCUUGAGAGCUUCAGUGAUCUUUAUGGUGUUUAUUUCAGCUUCCGGGCCUUAAAGAUAUUGGUGAUGUUAAGAUGUAGUAUUAUACUCAAAGUCGUCUUAUUGGCAAAUAGCACAAUAUUUAUGGUUCUAAGAAAUUACUGUUAGUCCAAUUAAUGUUUUAAACAGUCUAAUGGUCAAAAUUACCUCAUGAAUACAGGAAGGCUUCACUAAAAAUAGAAUUAAAAAUAUUACAUGCAAAUUUCGCUAUUUUCUAGUGUCGUGCUUAUUCCUCCAGUGCUCCUUUGGGUCUUAAGAUUGACACUUCAGUAUUUUUCAAAAGUAACGGGGGAGUAUUACAGUGAGUCAUCACAAGGAGGAGUGGGGUAUUGAUGGGCGGGGGAUGUCAUUCUCCUCAGUUGGGUGUCUACUUGGAUUUAGUUUUAUAUGUUUUCUUAACACUACGAGCUUACGGUGAUUCAAUGAUUAAUUUGUGUCAUAUUUGUCUGCACUCUUUCCCAUGACUUAUUCUAGAACUAUAGACAGUUCAGUCCACAAUGAAUAACCGUUUAUUAUUACUAUAAAAUAAAACAAAUCUAGGCAAGCGUACCUCACAGCUGGACAACUUCUGUCACAGCUCAGACAAGUUUAAAUCUACUUCAGGCCCAGACAAACCCAGGGAAUUGCUGAGACCCUACACUGUCAUGUCAAUACAAACCUUGUUGCUUUUCACUAAUGGAAAAAAAAAAAAUCGCAUUUACUGGGCUAUAAAGUCCCUUUGGAUAAUCUGUGAAUUGCGGAGUUCAGCAAGAGUUUGCAAACCCUCCUCUGACUGCAGAAUCAUGACUGAGCAGCAGAUCUUGGAAGUGUUCACACUCUCCGUUCUUCUCUUGAAUCAGGAGGAUGUAUACAGGUCCGAUUGACCUGUAUUUCUUCAUUGCCAUCAGGAGACCAGCUAACAAAAGGUAUCUGAUUUUUCAUUGCUGAUAUAAUUUGCACAAUCAGCAGAAAUACUGUGAUUAUUAAAAUUAGAACUGUAGGUUGUAGAGCUAAGUUAAAAAUUCCUGUAGCUGUAGGAGACCAUAGUGUAACCUAUAAAGGUACAGGAUAGUUAAGAUUACAUGCUUGAAUCCAAAUUACAUCCUCCCCACCCUGCCACACGUGUGCACGCAUACACACACACACACACCAAGCAGAUCUUACACGAUGUAGUUCACAACAAUUUCUGGAUCUGGGUCUGUACACAAACACAACCAGAUCCCAGAUACAUGCUCAGAGAUGAUUGGUUAGAAACAGAAGGAGAAACGUCAUAGUCACAUCUGGUUAACUGUUGAGCUAAACAAUCAUCUGAAGACUAGAAACUAAUAUCUUCACACAGUUACAGCAUAUUUCAACCCUGAAAAGACUCACUGCAAUAUUCUAUUUUCUUUGACAGUCCGUGUUCACAGAUGCACAUCUUUAAUAUCAGAAACAGUUUCUAAUAUGUUUCCAAAACUGCCUGAUCAGGCUCUUGGUGUAAAAAAAGAACUUUUCCAUCACCUUGAUACAUGACUACAUAUCUUACACAUAUGCAGUGUUUCCACCAUGUGCUAAAUUCAAGAGGUUUCAAAAUACCUCCAACACAAUAGUAUGCAAAUGUUGCAUUUAUUUUAACAAUAUUAUUAUAUUAUAGUAUACAUUAUUUAAAUUAAUUAUUAAUUAAAUUAAUAUAUAUUAUUUUAAAAACAUAUCUAUGGCAAAAAAGUUAUACCUUGUUGCUCCAUCUUUGCUUCUAUGUUUUAUAAACACUCAAAGUUUCACCCAUACUUGCAAGCAUGUGCAUACUUGAAUGUUACUAUGUUGGUGCAAAAAUAAUUGCAGUUUUUGCAUUGUUAAAAUUUGCACUUUUGACAUUGGAAUACAUUUUAAAAUAAUUGUGGGUAUGUAUAUUAUACAUCCAUUUAAUGCACUUUUCCCACUUUAUGUGUUUGUUGGGGUUUUUUUGUUUGUUUCUUUGUUUUUGUUUGUUGUUUUUUUUUGCUACUGACUUAUUACUCUCUCUUUAUUUUAUAUUUAUUUUAGCCUAUGAUGUUAAACAAAAAGCAAAUUCGAGUGAUUUUAUUAUUUGAGUUCAAAAUGGGUGGUAAAGCAGCAGAGACAACUCGCAACAUCAACAACUCAUUUGGCGCAGGACCUGCUGAUGAACAUACAAUGCAGCAGCGGGUCAAGAAGUUUUGCAAAGGAGAUGAGAGCCUUGAAGAUGAGGAGCAUAGUGGUGGCCAUCAAAAGUUGACAAUGACCAGUUGAGAGCAACCGUUGAAGCUGAUCCUCUUACAGCUACACGAGAAGUUGCCAAAGGAUUCAACGUCGACCAUUGUACCGUCAUUCGGCAUUUGAAGCAAACUGGAAAGGUGAAAAAGCUCAAUAAGUGGGUGCCUCAGGAGCUGACCAAAAAUAAAAAAAAUCAUUGUUUUGAAGUGUCAUUGUCUCUUAUUCUAUGGAACAACAACAAACCAUUUCUCAAUCGGAUUGUGAUGGGUGAUGAAAAGUGGAUUUUAUAUUACAACCGGCAGUGACCA